AAUCACAAAUUCAUAAAGGCAUGCGGUGGGUUUCUCACUAUAGACUUCAUUCAGUCCAAUUAGGCAUAGAAGGCCUCCGCCCAAUUUUAGCCGUUUUUCACUUUUCCCUAUAUCGAGUUGCGCUUCCCCUUUCCUUGCAUAACUCACCCCACCGUUCCGUCCGUCGUUGCCCUUCACUCUCCGGUCUCUCCCUCUCUCAACUCUUUCCGAACGCGCUAAGAGUUCCCUAAACAAAAACCCUAACUCUCUAGCUUAUUAUUAAACACAUUCUCUCUCCGGUAAAGAUUGAAUUCUUCUUCCUUUUCUUUCACUCAGUUCGCUCACUUGGGGUUAGGGUUUCGUAAAUUGCCUGCCCAAUUCUCUUCCCCUAUCUGUAAUGCUUCAAAUUCCACCCGAGAUUCGCCAAUGUACACUCCCUCGCAGCCUAUGAACGUUCACAAUCAGAUCGUCUCUCCUGGCGUUGACGACGACGGUGCCCCAGCCGAUCCUAUCGACCACCACCAUCACAUUCACUACGAAGACGGCACCCCUGCAGUCGUUGUCGAAGACGUCUCUCCCGAUUCCGUCUACGUUACCGCCGGUGUCGCUUCGUCGGAACUCGGGAUUCAGCCUAGUGAUGGUUCGAGUCAGCUCACCCUGACGUUUCGUGGACAAGUUUAUGUUUUCGAUUCCGUUACUCCUGACAAGGUUCAAGCUGUAUUGUUAUUACUGGGAGGAUGUGAAUUAACUCCUGGUCUGGAAAUGACUCCUCAAAAUCAAAGGGGUGUGGGGGAGUACCCACCGCGGUGUACUCAACCUCAACGAGCAGCUUCAUUAAGUAGGUUCCGGCAGAAGAGAAAAGAGCGAUGCUUUGAUAAGAAAGUUAGAUAUGGUGUCCGUCAGGAGGUUGCACUCAGGAUGCAGCGGAAUAAGGGUCAAUUCACCUCUGCCAAGAAGUCUGAGGGAGGAUAUGGCUGGGAUGGUGGUCAGGAUUCAGCACAAGAUGAUAGCCAACAUGAAACCUCGUGUACACAUUGUGGCACUAAUUCAAAAUCCACUCCAAUGAUGCGGCGUGGUCCAUCUGGUCCAAGGUCUCUUUGCAAUGCCUGUGGGCUUUUUUGGGCAAACAGAUGAAGAAGCAUGGUACUAGAUAAUGGAGGUGGUGAUGCUGGAUCAUAUCUUGGAACCUUGCAUAUUAGUUGAGAUCUCUCCCUCUUCUAUUUCCAUUUCCUUUUUUGUGGGAAAGUUUUUGAAAUUCAUGAAGCUAGGUUAGUGAGACAUCCAUGUAAGACUAAGAGGGUCUAGGGCUAAGAUUAAUUCUGGAAAUAAUGUUUGCUGUAUUUGUAUUGGUAUUUGGAGUUUAGACACAUUUUGUUAGGAUGGUGAGAAUAGAGUGGACUAUGGAAAUGGAUCGCUGGAUGAGAUCAUCAGUGAUACCAUAUAAUGUUUCGAGGUGGCCCAUCAGCAUCCUUGUGUGGAUAUACGUUAUUUUGGAAUUGGACUCCUGAUUUAAUGAUAUUUUGCGUUUGUGCUGUAUUGUCUUUUAA